AUGUGUGACAAAGAAGCUACAUUCAAAAUGGACCGAUCAUAUGGAUGUUGUAAAAAUCGAUCAUCUUUGUGGAUCUUGAUGUUAAAUUUAUUCCUGUUACUAUCAUUUGUACAUAAUAGCAUUGAAAAUGAAGAGACAUCCACAUUGAGUGGUUGCAUAGUAACUCCAUUUAUUCAUUCAAAUCGUUUUGAUGAUUUUUCCGUUGGAAGUAGCAAUUAUUAUGAUAAUAAAGUAAUAAAUUGCACGAAUGUAGACGUUACGGAUAUUAAUCAGAUUUAUUUCACCGUUCCUGAUAAAUCCAAGACAGCAUAUAAGCAAAUAAUUAUGAGAAAUAUUCGAACAUCAAAUGAAAAUUACCUCAACGUGACUAAUGAGCAACAGACUGAAUUAUUAUCGUAUAUCGAUAGUGAAUUGACGGAUGGGCAGCUAAAGUCAAUCUUCCAUAAGAAGAAUUACAGUCGACUUAAGUAUGUUGAUAUCAGUGGCAAUCGAAUAGAGUCAUUUGACUUUUCAACUAUCUAUCGUCUUCGUGAGUUGAAUCUAGCGAGAAAUUCCAUCCGUCAUCUUAAUGGAAAUGCGUUUCAGGGCUUACAGGAUUUGAGACAGUUAGAUCUGAGUAGUAAUAAAAUUACAGAUUUAAGCAAAUCAUCAGAUGUAUUUAAUAAUCUAUCGCAAUUGACUGUUUUGGAUUUAUCAAAUAACACAAUUAAUGAUAUACCGAGACACAUAUUUUAUGCACUAGGAAAUUUAAUUCAAUUAAAUAUGGCAAAUAAUAAAUUAUUUGUGUUGCCUUAUCAAGCAUUCGAGAGUAUGAUGUCCGUUGAGAUAAUUGAUUUAUCAAAUAAUCUACUCGUAUCGUUCUUGGACAACUUCUUCAUUCACAAUUUUAAUCUUAAAGUCUUGCACUUACAAAAUAAUCGAUUGCAUGGAAUCAAUAAGAAUUCGUUGUAUGGCCUCAAAGAGCUUCAUACACUCGACUUGUCUAAUAAUAAGAUCAUUCACAUCGAUAGAAAUGCAUUUGAUACACUUGAUGGUCUUAAGUAUUUGAACUUAUCGAAUAAUGGAAUCGAGGAAUUAUCUCACAUUGUCUUUUUGCAACUAAAGCAAUUGAAGACAAUUGACUUGAGCUUUAAUCAUCUCUACAAUCUUCCAUUAGGCAUUUUUGCUAAUCAACAUCAGCUUAUUGAGAUCUUUAUGGAUAAUACAAAGAUUCAAAAGCUCAGUAAUUGGAUAAGUCGUACAAAUUCAAAUGUCACAGUCAGCAAAGAAGUCCUUAAGAAUCUAAAAUAUUUAUCACUACGCAAUAGCACAAACCUUAAGAGUGUCGAGUCAUGCUUCUUCUAUAAUCUACCAAGUGUCGAGAAACUUUACAUCACAAACAGUCAAGUGACAUUCCUACCCAAGGGAAUCGGUGAAAUGAAUCAACUUGUUGAACUUGAUGUGUCAAAUAAUCGUUUAGAAUUCAUACCGAAUGGGAUUCAGCAUUUAGUCAACCUUAAAAUUCUUAACCUGCUGAACAAUGACUUAUUGUGUGAUUGUCAUAUGGUUUGGAUGCUUUCGUGGAUUAAUGAACUACAAGCUAAGAAUAAAACACUUCCAUAUGACUUACUACGAUUAUCGGAACUUAAAUGUCGUAAUGGAUAUCCUGGUGAUAUUCUUCGAAUCUUAAAGCACAUAAAUUGCGUUGCACCAUUCCUAAUAUCAUCAACACCAGAUCAAGAAUACCAAAUAUUUACCGAUGCUAUUCUCGAGUGCAGUUUUGCAGGUGCACCUGGACCUGAGAUAGUCUGGAGAACACCAAAAGGAAUAAUUUUAAGGCACAAUGACAACUAUGAAAUUGAUCCAACAGCAAAAUUCCAACUGGAUCAACAUCAUCGCUCGGUACUUAAAGAGACAAUCGAGAAUGCGAGAAAUCAGCAAAAUUCUGACACGGAAAAUAAACAUGAAAGCAUUGACACGAGAAUUUGGCAAGGUCCGGGUAUUACUUUACUAGAAAAUGGAUUCUUAAAAGUACACAACGUAUCGAGACAUGAUACAGGCUUGUAUUCGUGUUUUGCAGUAAAUAUCAUGGGAAAUGCUACAAAAGAUGUCAGACUCCUUAUCGACCCAAUCAUCUUUUAUCGCGUAAAAAUUGGCGGUUUAGUGACAGGAGCAAUUUGUGCACUUGGUUUCUUAAUACUCACGUUAUUAUUCCAACUGAUAAGGAAAAUCUUUAUUCGAUUCCGAAUAAUUGAUCUAAUUUGCAUGAAUUGUUGCUCGUAUUGUUAUAAAAGUGAUAAAACAAAGACGAAAGCGCGACAAGUUUAUGCAAUGUUGGAUUCAAUUGAGCAUUACAAGAGUCAACAGUUGGAAAGAUUGCGUGAGAAUUAUGCUCAACAGGUUCAUCGUAUUAAAGAAAAUUGUACACAGCAAUGUGACUGGAUUCAAAAUAGCUAUUCAUCACAAACAAAAAAUUUACGUGAUAUUCGCGAUAUUGGAAGUCAUCACAUAUCUGCAAUGCGUGAACAGUACACAGAUCAGGUCAAACGAGUCCGUGAAUAUUCAACAGGUCAGCUGAAUUGGGUCCGAGAAAAUUAUGUUUUCCAGCGCAAUAAAAUCCGUAAAUUUAGUGCUCAUCAAGUCUUGAGACUCAGAGAAGGUUACAAGUACCAGCAACAAACACUCAACAAAGUCCUCGAAAAUCUUCCAAGUUUCUACUUUGAAAAUUGUCGUGGACGUGCUGAGGACGAGGUUAAUGUGACGGAUGAAGCCUUUGAAGUCUACCUUAAAUCAAAAAUAGAAAAGCUUGCAAAGCUUGACACACAAAAUCUCGAUUUAAAAUCUCCUGACUAUCACGAGCACUUCAGUGCUAAAUCAAUUGACGAAAGUAAAGCUUCAGUCUAUUUUACACCAAAUGAUGGACAUCUAUCUCCACAGCCAUCUGAAUUGUCGCCAAUACAUGUUAAUUACAUCAAUGAUCACAUGCUAAAUGAGGCAGCUGGUGGGUUUGAUGGAGGUCCAUGGCGUUCAAUAGCAAUUCGAAAUUCUUCAAGAUCACAUCACAAUCCAGGACAGAGAAAGAGUUUUCAAUUGCCUGCCGAUUAUCUAGACGAGAAUGAUGAAUCAAUGGGAAAUUUCAUCGUUCCUGAUCCAGUAUAUGCUGAUGAGCCCAAAUUCCAGGAUGUUAUUGAGGAAUCACUUGAAAAUGGGUCGAUUCCAUCGCUAAACCAUUCUUCAGUUGGACGACAUAGUUCUAGGAGGAGAAAGAGAAAGUAUGACAAAGAGAAAAGCUUCUCGAUGAUCUCCGUUGAGAAUGAGGCUUUCCUUAUGCAGGACAUGACUGACUUCUCGAAGGGAGCGAGACCAAAAAUAUGUGAUCCACAAAAGUAUAGAAAAGACUCAAAAGACAUUGUAGUCGACACCCACACAAUAAAAAAGGUCAAUUCUCAAGUGAAUCUUGACGAAAAAACAGGAAAGGUUGUCUCAACACCGACCAGUGAUGAUUGUGAUUUAGUAUCUAAUAUAAAUGGCAGCGAUAAAUUUAUCUCACCAAAACUAUUAAAAUUACAAGCUAGUAGCAGUUUACCUGACCUCCCCGGGACAGAUCAGCACGCAACAAAUGCAUCGUCGACAACAACAUUAUCAUCAAAUAUUAAUAAUCAAAGUCAAAUGUCGAGCGUUGGACAUGGAAAAUUAGUUGUACUCGCAUUAGAAAAAGAGAAUAUUAAUCAAAUUGAUGGUGCUGAUAUUGAUAAUCAAACAGCAAAAGCGAAAAUUAAACUCAACAUUGAUCCGACAUCUUCAUCAUCUGCUUCUUCUGUGAAUCUUGAUUUUAAUGGUGAUUUAAUUGUCACAGAUAUCAGUACAUUAUAA